CUACCGUCUAUUUAUAUCAAAAAGAAAAGAUUCAUGAAACUGGACCAGCCUGUUUGAAUCUUGUCCCAUUCACAAAUCUCCCCAUAUAUAAAUAAAGACCCUUCACUCCUAAAAACCAAAACCAUCAUCAACCAUCUAAGCAUUCCGAUUUCUUCUAAGAUUCUCAAAUCAAUUAAAAAGAAAAUGGCUUUUUGGUCUGCUGAGAAUGCUACUAAAGCCUAUCUUAGUACAUUGAAAACGGAUCAAAGGACAAAAGAACCAAACGUGGCUGAAUUCAUAUCGGCUCUAGCCGCCGGAAAUAACGCUAAAAAGAUCGCCGUGGCUUGCGCCGGAGCUGCAAACGCCGACAUACUCGUUGCCCUAAUCGCUGCGGCUAACCAAACACGCGGUAAAGUGGUAUGCGUUUUACGUGGCAUCGAAGAACUAAUCAUAUCCAAGAAAAUGUUAGAGCCAUCAGAGAUUCGUCAGAUAAAUUUCGUAGUCGGAGAAUCUAACGAUAACACUCUAAUUAAUGAUCAUUUCGGAGAAGCUGAUUUCGUCCUCGUCGAUUGCAACCUCGAGAACCACCAAGAGAUCGUUAGAAAGAUUGUUAAUCACCAUGAAGAAAACGCAAGAAACGGCGGUGGAAGCGGUGUGGGGGUUGUGGUGGGUUAUAACGCGUUUUCGAGAGGGUCGUGGAGGUUUAGCGAUGGGAGGAGGACGCAGUUUUUGCCUAUAGGUGAAGGAUUGCUUGUGACGAGGGUCAACGAUAAUGGUAAUUAUAGUCAGAAGAUGAUGAUGAUGAACAAAAACAAUCAUCAUCAUGAUCAUGCGAGGAAGAGUCAUUGGGUGGUGAAAGUUGAUAAGUGCACAGGAGAGGAACAUGUGUUUAGGGUUAGGGUUCCACGAGGAGAAACCAUUAUUGAAGCUUAGUUUAAAUCCUAUAUAUCAUUGGGUACUUUUAGAGCAAAAAAAAUCACCUCUGUGAUGGUUCAGACGAGUGAGAGUAGUAAGAAGAUUAGUUAUUUUUGUAAAAGUAAUUAAAAGGAGUUUUGAGUGUUUUGUUUGUAUGACGAGUGAGAAAAGUCUUUUUUUACAUAUAAAGACUUUAUUUGUAAGUGUGAAUAUAUGAAGAAAUGUGUGUUUGCUUUUAGUUAAUUCUCUUUUUGAUUUUUGGAAUUUACUUUCGUCUUGUCUUGAGCAUGUGUACACAC